UUUUAUUAUUUAAGUCUUUUUAUAUAUUUUUGUAAACAGUUUUUAUUGAUUUAAUAUAAAAUUUAACAGACCCUUAUUAAGGAAGAAAAACUUCAACAUGAAUAUAACGACAAAGAUGAAGAACACCGAACGUUUCAAGCUGAAGAUUUGAAGCCAGCGAAGAAUAACAUGAAACCCUAUAACAAGUAUACGCAAUGGCUGGAGACGAUAUUUGGCAGAGAAUCAUCAGCUACACAGCAUCGUCGAUUGCUCCAACAUGAUGAUGAUGAUGACGGUGACCAAGGUGCAACUGAAGAUUAUGAAGAACAAACCAAAGAGCCUUGGGAAAGAGAAAAAAGGACAGCCGACCUCAAGUCAUUGGAGAUAUACGUGAAAACAGAAAGAAAUUUCGUCCCCGAAGCAAAUCAUCCGACAUCGAAAAUAUCGAAAAUCUCUAAUUUCAAACCAUCAACACCACCCCUCUAUAAUGAUGAAAUCAACUUCUUAAUUGAUGCAGCUAUGAAAAUGAAAUCAGAUUAUCCACAUGGGCAAAGAAUAAAGUUAAAAUCUAACGGCGAAUCAAUAACGGAAAAAGAUAGCUUUUUAAAGAGGCUCGGUCUGAAGAUGUUUUCGAAAAAUGUUCGUCCUGAAAUAAAGAACAUCGAAACUACAAAAACAUCUAACACUAUAGACGAAAUCCCUAACUCAACGUUCAAGAUUGAAACUACUACUUCUCGGAUUAAAUCUACCCCGAAAAUGACUCAAAAACAUAAAGAACGUAAUUUCAUAUUUUCUGGUCAUAGACGAUCAUUAAAAUCUAUAGAAAUUGGUGAAUCAAAUGAUGAAAUCGCACCUUCUACCAGUGAUAUUAAAGCGUAUGUUAACAAUACAGCUCAACUACAAUAUAAUGAAGAGAAAAACAUAAAAUAUAUAAGUGAUACAAUAGAAAGCAAAUAUGAACCUAAUAAUGCGACCAAUAAAACAAAUAAUAAAACUAUUGUAUCUAUUGCUCGUGAACAAGAAGAUUUUAAGGUUAAUGAAGGUACAUACAAACAUAACAACAGUACAUGGGGGCUGGGCGAGAUAUUUAGUAUGCUUGCAGACCUCUGCAUGUUUUUGGCUGGUUUCGAUGUAAAUCAAGAAGAUAAUGGUUACAGGUUUCUUUAUGAUUUCGUGACAAUGCUAAAUCCGAACUACUUGCGAAAAAACAAGACUUUGUCAGAAAAAGUUAUUAAUGAUACAAGACAUGUGGAAGCUUCAAUUGGCUCAGAGAGAGUUGAGAAUAUAGGCCACAGAUCUAGAGUGUUACUAUCUUUCGAAGAACCAGCAGAAAAUGUCACAUCAAUGACCUCUGAAAAAGAUGUGAAUGAAUCGUACGUAGUUACAAGUAAGAAAUGAAGUAUGAGAAGUAAUAUAAUCGGGCAAACUUGCCUAUUGUUAGUAAAAAAAGCAUGUUUCAUAAUUUGUAAGGUACAUUGAGAUAAUUUCGAAGGCAGGGUAUUUUUUAAUGGCAAAUACCUAUCUAUAAAACUAGAAGCAACACACUACUGUAACGCGUAGAGUCUGUUUGGGCUCCAUACAUUCCACGACUUUUCUGUUUCCGUACAGAC